CCCGCUGUAAAUAUCCCGAGACGGGCGGCGGCCCCUUUAAGCGCCUCGCUGACCGGGCCCGCCAACCGCCUGGGGAUUCGGCUGGGGAGGGGAUGCGGCGCGGAGCUGGUGGCACUAGAAAAAUGCAUUAUGAAUGAUGGCCCCUGCUUGCUAAAAUGAAUGCCAAGAGCUCAUGUUCUGAACAUGAGGCUAAAAAAGAUUUGGAAGGGAGCCAACAGUUUCACCUCUAACUACUAAAACGUUCUUCCCUGUCAAAAUGAACAUUCUUUGAGAAAAAUCUGAAGAACAACUGUGAUUUGAAAAAUGGGAGAAAGAACAAGGAGCUUGGAUUCUGACCAUGACAGAACAUCAGAUGGUGGUAAAAAUAGUAACUCCUACUAUUCAGAUGAAGAUAAUGCAUCUCAUGCUUCUGACCAAUCACUGACACUAAGCUCUCAGUCUACAAGCCAUGGGAAAAAAGAUCACAAAACAGAGACUUUGAGAAGCCUUGUGCAUUACCAAACCGCUAAGAAACCAGUUUCCAAAUAUGCACCAGCCAAAAGAGGGAGAAGGUGGGGUUUUCGCUCCCAGAGCCUCAGUAAGGAUUCUCCUGCAAAAGAUAUAGAUCUUGUUACAAAAAGGGUUCUUUCUGCCAGACUGCUAAAAAUCAAUGAGCUUCGGAAUGAACUAACUGAACUCCACAUCAAACUAGAUGAGCUGCAGAAAGAAAACAGAGCACUGACGAGGCUUCAGUACAGGCAGGAGAAAGCCCUGAAUAAGUUUGAAGAUACAGAAAAUGAAAUCUCUCAGCUCCUCGCCCGACAUAACAAUGAGAUUAGAAUAUUAAGGGAGCGCUUACGAAAAUCUCAAGAGAGAGAACGCACAACUGAGAGAAGACUAAAAGAUUCAGAGGAUGAACUGUACAGGACAAAAAAUUCUUUGCAAAAAUUGAAAAAGCUUUCUGAAGAUAAGCACUUAGCUGAACGAGAUGAACUGGCAAAAAAGCUAGCCUCAGCAGAGAACAGACUGGAUGAGAGUGAGAAAAGAAUUAAGGAUUUGGAGAAAAGUCUUGAGCUGAGUAACAGCAGUUUCCAGCGACAAUUGCAGUCUGAGAAAAAAAAGGUACAUGAGGCCCAAGAAGAAAAUAAAGCUCUCCAAGAAGAGCUUCAACAACUAAAUCAAAAGCUAAAGGAAAAAGAGAGAGAACUUGAUGCAAAAAAUAUAUAUGCUAACCGUAUGUUGAAGCCAUCACCUAAAAAAGAAGUGGAUGUUACACAAAGAAAAAAAGCCAGUAGCCAGAAUACUAAAAAAGGAAUCCAGACUACAAAAGGAGUACAGACUAGUGGGUACUUCUCACCGAUAGAAUUUCCUCCACCAUCAGAGUUUUUUUCUGUUUAUGUAACAGAUCAGAAAGAAGAGGAGACACUUCUCAGAACGGAACAGGAAACUCAGAAGGAAGGAUGGAAAGAACAAGCAGAGCAUCUAAGUCAAGAACGGAACAGGGAGAGAGAGGAGAAAAUGAAACAUGACCAAGAACUGCAGGCUUUAGAGGAGAAAGCCCAGAAACUAUGUGACGAGUGGGAAAAAGAAGAAUUUGACAGACGGAAAAAAGAAAAUAACUUUUUAUUGGUUAAAGAAGAGGAGGCAGGAAUUGAGUCAGAAAUAUAUAAAAUUGAAAAUGAGAUAUACAACACUGAAAAACUAGAAGAAGACCGACAAAAAAAAGAUUUGCUGCUGGCUAAAAUGUGUAAAAUUGACAGAGAAACUCAAAGCACUAUUAGUAUGAAACUUGCUUCGAAAGCACACCUCACAGAUACAGCAUCAAAAUCUGACUCCCUAGAGAAAAAUGAGAAAACCUACCAGUUCUUAGAGACCACAGAGAAAUUAUUUAAUGGAUUUCCAGUAUAUGACAGCCAUGAUGUUGUUAUAAAAGCAGAAGGACAGAAGCGGCAAAAUGUCCGAACCACAGAUUCAAGUAAUGAUUUGACAUUUGGUAGUUACGUACCUUCCUUUGGGAAAGGAUCGGGGAGGCCAAGUUGGCUUAAUCAAAAAAGUAUUGUCUUAGAAGAAAAUACUAAAGAAAAUACAGAUUUCAAUACUAAGAAAGAGAAAAAGUCUAAUUUAAUGGAGCAACUUUUUGGAACUAGUGCCAACACCAUAGCUCCACCUAAAAGCAGUGACUCAAGUGCUUUGGAAACUGACUAUGAUUCCGGCAGUGCUCUUCCUCCAGGCAAAAGCAAUAAAGUUAAAGUUAAAGAUGAUGAUUUUUUUUUCAGUGAAGGAAGAAAUUUUAACCCAAAUAGGCACCGUUUACAGCACACAACAAGCCGGACAGCAGUUAAGGCUGUUGAUUCUUUCGAAGAUGAAAUUGAAGAAGUAAUCCUGUAAUGACCACCUUUUAUAUAACUUGUGUGUGAAAAUGCUAUCCAAAUAUUUUAAUACAGUAUUUAUUUUAUACAGAUUUUAAAAGUUUCAGAUAUUAAAGCUUUAUGAAGGGAUGAUUUCAAUAGAUAAAUAUAUGUAUAGAGGAAAUAUACACUGCAUAUUCAGAUAGACUGGCCUACUCUAACCAGUCUGGCUCCUUGUGCAGUUAUAUUUUUUUAAUGUAUCUUUCCUAAUACAGUCCAUGAAAAUAAGGAGUUGCAGUGAUUAUUUUUUACAUACUACAGCCAGUAAUCUUCAGGGAAUUUCCUGACAGAUUCCCAUAUAAUGCAACUGAGUUUGGGUAUUUGCUCACUUCUUCAUUCAGGAGGUGAUACUAUUUCUACCCUACUCAUAUUCCAGUCUACUCUCUGUAUGUGCAUUUGCCACCAUCAAAUCUGUGCAACUGCCAGGGCACAUUGGUGAUAUUCCAAAAGGCCACCACUAAUGCUCUUCCAUGGAUUUGAAUGGGAGGGAAAGUAGUUGGGGAACACUUAUACCUGCUUUUCUAGAGCCAAAGAUGACCUGCAUCACUUUUCUCACUAGUCUCUGCCUGUGGCUAUAUAAAGGUCCCAUGAUACUUUCCACACUCUUGUCUCCUGCCAGGCUGUUCAAUGCCAUUAUUCCACUGGGAUGUUCAAACACUUCAAAGCAGAUUCAGUGCAGUUAAUGCAGGUCCUAUAUAUAGCUACUGGGGUUUGGUUGGUUGUUUGCUUUCCCCAGUUGGACUAAAAAUAAUACAGAUGAUGAGGGGAGGAAGGAUAAUUCAGCCUACAGUUUGGAAGGCUAUGAGUUAUGGCCCCAUCGACCUUUUUGUUAUAAGCUAGUUU